GUUCUUCUAGUUCUUACUUGGCUAUUUUGGUUUUGGAAAUUUUAAAAUUUUUUAGAAUGAGUAAUAUUUUAAUUUUAUUUAUUAUAGUUCUUGCUUCCCCUCAAAUAUUAAGUAAAAAAUUUCAAGACGAUCAAAAGCCAGAAUGGGCUAAAAAAGAUAUUAGAGAUUACAAUGAAGCCGACUUGGAAAGGUUAUUAGAUCAAUGGGAGGAAGAUGAGGAACCUUUAGAACCAGAUGAACUGCCUGAACAUCUUCGUCCAAUGCCUCAAUUGAACCUCAACCAAAUAGAUCCGAAUAAUCCUGAAGCUAUUGUACAAGCUUCAAAGAAAGGCAGAUCUUUAAUGACGUUUGUUCAAGUAGGUGGUAAUCCUUCAAGAGAUGAAACUGAGGAAUUAACUAAACUCUGGCAGACAAGUCUUUGGAAUAACCAUAUACAAAUUGAAAGGUAUUUGGUUGAUGAUAAUAGGGCUAUUUUUUUGUAUAAAGAUGGUUCUCAAGCAUGGGUAGCAAAAGAUUACCUUGUAGAACAAGAAAAAUGUGAAAGUGUUACAAUUGAAUCCAAAGUAUACCCAGGAAAACACUCAAAAAAUAUAAAAGAAGAUUUAUAAUUUUAGUUGAAUAGAUUUUUGUUACUUUUUUAUAUUAUUUAUUUAAAAUAAAAU